CUAGUAGCCCUGGAAAUGGAAUGUCCACUGCAGGGGAAGCCUGCCAGCCCGGGGCCCCCCAUCCCAUCGAUGGGCGUGUACAGUGCCCUGUCUCCGUCCCUGGCACAGUGGAUCCGCCUCCUGAUUGUGUGGCGUCACCACCUACCUCCAGCUCCCCCAAAUAAUGCCCGCUCAGCUCUCGACCGACCCGUCCAUGGAAGCUCCCUCGGUCCCUCUGCCUCUCGUUCGAGUUGCUUGACCACCGCAGCUAGGACGGAGACUUUGCCAGCCCAAAGCUUGCAACGGCUUCUCCUUGCGCCAUGCGGAUUGUUCCAACCCGCCUGCUCUCCUCCACGCAGUCGUCCCGCUGCAAUUCCAGAAGCCAGAGCCCGAUGCGUUCCAAGAACGACACUGCGGGGCUGCCCGCCCCGGACGCUGCCAAUGCGCUCACCCUCAAGGUGGUCAUCAUGAAGGCGCGGAACCUGGCCGCCAAAGACCGCAACGGCACGUCUGAUCCGGUACGUGAGCAUCGACGCCACCGUCCCUUUGCGACGUCGAGAACAUAGGCACGUGGGCAUUGGAGGACGCCGUGCUGACGACCAUUUCGCAGUACCUCGUCGUCACCUCUGGCGACUCCCGCAUCGAGACGCACGCUGUGCCCAAGACGCUCAAUCCCGACUGGAACGUCAUCGAGGAGCUGCCCGUCAACUCGGUUCAGAGCCUCGUCCUCGACGUCAUCUGCUGGGACAAAGACCGUUUCGGCAAGGACUACAUGGGCGAGUUCGACUUGGCUCUCGAGGAGAUAUUCCAGGGCGAGAAGGCCGAGCAGCCGCCGCGAUGGUACCCUCUCAAGAGCAAGCGCCCGGGCAAGAAGACGGGCGUCGUCUCAGGCGAGGUCAUGCUCCAGUUCUCCCUCUUUGACCCCUCCAACCCAGGCGCAUCCCCGCAGCAAAUCUUCGAGAAGCUGUACAACAUCAUCGGCUCCAUGCCCAUGGGCUCCUCGCGCCAGCCCACGCCUUCCAUGACCCCUCUCUUGACCCCGACGUCCAUACCCAAAUCAGUCCCCGCCUCGGCGUCCUCACCAGAUGAGGCCGCCGACGAAGAGGACGACGAGGACCUCACGGAGUUCGAAGACGAGGUCAACGAAGAAGGCGAGGACCCUAGCAAACCCGAGACAGCCGAGAGGCGGCGCCGGCGCCUGAGGAUCAGGGGCCUGAAGAGGCGACGGCGACAGAAUCCGUAUGCCUUCAACAACGGCUACUCGGACGUGGUCGGCAUCAUCUUCCUCGAGGUCUGCAAAAUCACCGACCUGCCACCCGAGUCCAACUUGACCAGGACCAGCUUUGACAUGGAUCCCUUUGUCGUGGCCUCGCUUGGUAAAAAGACGUACCGUACCCGGCGUGUCCGCCACAACCUGAACCCCGUUUAUAAUGAAAAGAUGAUAUUUCACGUCCAGGGACACGAGCAGGCAUAUUCAUUUUCCUUCACCGUCAUUGACCACGACAGGUACUCCGGAAACGACUUUAUCGCGUCCUGUACCCUUCCAGUCCCGGAGUUGAUCGAAAAGGCUCCCAAGGCCGAUCCGGAAACCGGACUCUACAUGCUGCGGGACCCCCCCGCGGGCACUCCACCGGCUGCCUCCAAGUCUCGCCUCAAGAGGCUCGGGAUGUCUCGUUCCUCGUCUUCCCAGAGUUUGGGUAAGAUGAUGCGGCCUGGCCUGUCCAAGACAUUGUCCAACACCAGCACGGCCUCACAGAACGCCCCUCUUGACCCAAGUCAGGCCCUGUCCACCAGCCACGCCCUCCUCGCCCCGGCGGAUGCACUUGCUAAUACAAGUAUUGAGAAUACAGAGCCGGCGAUGGAGACGGACGACCCUGACUUCCAUGACUACGUGGUGCCGUUGAAGAUGAAGAACCUGGACAAGUGGGAAUCCAAGCACAACCCCGUCCUGUACCUUCGAGCCAAGUACAUGCCGUAUUCGGCAUUGAGACAACAAUUCUGGCGCGCCAUGCUGAGACAAUACGACACCGACGAGAGCGGCGAGAUCAGCCGCGUCGAGCUGACGACCAUGCUCGACACUCUCGGGUCGACGUUGCGCGAGUCUACCAUUGACAGCUUUUUCCAGCGCUUCCCCCACAAGGCCGCCGACAAUGAGGAGACGUGGGACCUGACCAUGGACGAGGCCGUUACCUGCCUGGAGGACCAGCUGGACGCUAAGAGCAAGCAGUCGUCCUCGGUCGGGGACAAACUUAAGAGCAUGGUCCCGGACAUGAAGCAGCUCGGCUUGCACAACAAGCAGGCCUCGAGCUCCGACGGCUCGGGUGCGUCGACGCCGCAAAUCUCGCUGGACUCUCAGCCGAGCGCCACGAUCCCGGAAAUCAACACUCCGCUCGAGGCGGAGGGCGAGGAUGAUAGCGACGAUCGCGGAGAAGAGCACGUCGUUGAGAUCCGCGAGUGUCCCAUCUGUCACCAGCCACGACUCAACAAGCGAAGCGACACAGACAUCAUCACCCAUAUUGCUACUUGCGCCAGCCAAGAUUGGAGGCAGGUCAAUACGGUGCUGAUGGGCGGCUUCGUAACGGCGAGCCAGGCGCAGCGCAAGUGGUACUCCAAGGUCAUCACCAAGAUAUCGUACGGCGGCUACAAGCUCGGAGCCAAUUCGGCCAACAUCCUGGUGCAGGACCGCGUCACCGGCCAGAUCAACGAGGAGAAGAUGAGCGUCUACGUCCGCCUCGGUAUCCGCCUCCUGUACAAGGGCCUCAAGUCACGCGACAUGGAGAACAAGCGAAUCCGCAAGAUGCUCAAGAACCUUAGCAUCAAGCAAGGCAGAAAGUUCGAUGACCCUGCCUCCAAGGAUGAGAUUGAGAAGUUUAUCGACUUCCACGGCCUCGACAUGUCUGAGGUGCUGCUGUCGAUUGAUGAGUUUAAGAACUUCAACGAGUUCUUCUAUCGCGCUCUCAAGCCCGGGGCGAGGCCUUGCUCGGCACCCCAAAACCCCAAGAUCAUCGUGUCGCCUGCCGACUGCCGGAGUGUCGUGUUCAAUCAGAUGACGCAAGCGACCAAGAUUUGGGUCAAGGGCCGCGAGUUCAACGUCAAGAGGCUCCUCGGCGACGCAUACCCGGCCGAUGCCGCGCGAUACGAGAACGGAGCACUGGGCAUUUUCCGACUGGCACCGCAGGACUACCAUCGGUUCCACAUCCCGGUGGACGGCGUCAUGGGCAAGCCCAAGACAAUCGCGGGUGAGUACUACACGGUGAAUCCGAUGGCGAUCCGGUCCGCGCUGGACGUGUACGGUGAAAACGUGCGCGUGAUUGUGCCCAUCGAUAGCGUGGAGCACGGCCGCGUCAUGGUGAUUUGCGUGGGUGCGAUGAUGGUGGGCAGCACAGUCAUCACCCGUAACGAGGGUGAGCAGGUCAAACGGGCCGAGGAGCUCGGAUACUUCAAGUUUGGCGGCAGCACGGUGCUGCUUCUGUUUGAGCCGGGCAAGAUGCAGUUCGACAACGAUCUUGUGGACAACUCGAACAGCCCCUUGGAGACCCUAAUCCGAGUGGGCAUGUCGAUUGGACACUCUCCUAGCGAGCCACAGUGGAGGUCAGACAUGCGCAAGAGCGACGAGAACAUUACAGAGGCGGACAAGAAGGAGGCGAAGCGACGCAUUCAGGGCAACUUUUCGAUGGACUCGCCCGGCGACAGCGGGUCUGACGACGGGCAGCUGUCGAUGCCACGGCGGAUGUCGACGGUGCCCACGGUCAACACGCUGGCGGCGUCGGCAUUGUAAGAGGGCACAAGACGGGCGCGCACAUUGGCAUUUGUUUUGAGCGAGGAAAGCGAAGUGUCAGGAGGCCGGGGUUCAGUAGCAUUAUGGCGACGUGGAACCCCGGGUUAAUUCAUCAUUUGGGCCAAGCUGGCCAGGAGGUAAAUGCAUGCUAGGUGUGUACAAGUGUCUGAAGCCUGGUGCCGUAUCGCCGAUGGGUGGCUUCGCCAGCGUUGGGUCAGUCGCGCAUAUGGUGCACCAACGUCGAGCAACUCGGAGGAUGCCAUUCUCGACAAAGACAUGAAAUAAC